AUGCCCAAGGCGUCACGCACUACCCUCUCUCGUUCGCGACCUCAUCCGUACACCAAGACCGAUGGCACAACCAAGAAGCCUACACCCAGGUCAAAGGAGCCUCUCCGCACUUCCUCAGGGAACCUGAUCUUUAAUGCUCGUCUUGGAGGUGGACCUCAGUUCUUUGGGCUCUUUGUCGUCCUGGAAUUCGGCGCUGUCUCGAGUGUCGAGUCCUGGACCUCCCAGAAUGUGUAUGGGAACGCGGGCAUGGGUCUUCCUGUGACCAUUGCAGGGAAUCUACACAAUGUAUACUAUCUCAACGACAUUCUGAAGUUCCUCGGGUUGCCAGGCGCGAAAUCGGACCGCGAGAUAUACAGGCUUUACCGUGCACGACGCAACUCCAAGAAGGCACCAGCAUCAGUCAGCAACAAACUGGGCGAACACCCAUUCGACGACAACGAUCCUUUGAUCGCGGCGCUGGUCUCACACAAUCGUCCAAGUAGCAGGAGAGUUCUCUUACCUGAAACGAUUCUUGCAGCCCUCGCGGAAUUGAAAAACCCCAACCUGCCUCUCUACAUUCCGUCAGCGGGGACGUCAGCGGGGACGUCAGCGGGGACGUCUGCGGAGACGUCAGCAGAGCCGUCGACGGGGACGUCAGCGGGGAAGUCAGCGGGAACGUGUGCAGAGCCGUCGACGGGGACAUCAGCGGGGCCAUCGGUAGGACCAUCGGCGGGGACGUCAGCAGGACCGUCAGCAGGGCCGCCAGUGACAGUGUUGUCAGAGGCGCCAGAUGCGUCAGAGGCGUCGAGCGAAGUGGACGAACUUGCAGACGAUCCUGAUGCUGCGACCAUGCCCGAUGCUGCGACCAUGUCGAACACCUGA